AUGCUGUCUCUUAAUAGCAUGGCCGAUGUUUCCCAUCUCGAGCAGCGGGGCUGCGCCCGCCGCACGAUUUCGGCGCCAGCCCCGACGCCGUUUUUCUCUGUUUCCUUCGAGGGAGCGGCUGGAGACCGGACGCAAAGCUGCAGUUCAGUUCCGCGUUCGACGGCGAUUCACCUCGAGCCCGGGCUCCCUUCGAGGGUCGGCACCGGCCCCCGAGUGGCUUCGCUGAGCGUCCGCGAUGAGGACGCGAGGCCGAGAGCGGCAGGCGCCGGGCCGGCGUGUGUCAAGCCUCGGCGCGGCUGCCCGAUAGAACUGAAAUUCGUUUCUGCCUGCGGCCGCAGCACCGUCCCUCUCCUCGGCGGUAGAGAGGAAGGACGCCUCUGGCGCAGGUCAGAUGGCGCAAUUGCUUUCCUCGUUUCGCCGGUGCGGCGGAUCGCUUCAACUUCGGUCCGCGGCUGGGAACGCCUUUCCAUAUUGGAUAGAUUCGACAUCGGAUAUCGAGAGAGACGGGCCUCGUCGUUGCGUCCAGCCUUUCCUCUUCUCCUUUCUGUUUCGCCUUCCCCGCCGCGUCCCUCUGCGCGACCUUCAUCUGUUGCUUUCCGCCGCCCGUCUUCGCGCGUUUGGCUCGACUUCGGCGACCGGUUCCCAUCUUCCGCACUGGCUGCGACUCCGCGUUCGCCUUCCCUUGUGUCUGCUCCUCCUCCCUUGUGUCCUUCUCUCUCGAACUCGCCGUCUCCUCCCCCGUGCACCUCCCCGCCUCCGCCUCGCUCGCUUCCGCCGCGGCUGGAAGCCUUGCUGUCUGAGCUGAAGCAGCCAGCAGAUCUGCAGGCGGUCUUUGACAAACUCGUGGCCUUCGCGUCGGAUCUCCCCGCCCCUUCGCCGGCGCGAAAGGUUGCGGCGCGGCGCGCAGCAGAGCGCGAUUCUCUGCGCGAGUCUUCUCCGUCGUCGUCGCCGGCGUUUUCGUCUGUCAACUCCGCGGAGGAAAGAGACAGCCGGCCAAACGCGACAGAGAUGCGCCACUCGCGCGACGAGGAAGGGCCGAGAGACGCGAGCGCGGAGGGAGACGACCCGCCACAGAGCUGGGAGAGAGUGCAGGGCUGCACCGCGCUCGUGCGCAUCAAGGCGACUCUUUGUCGUCCCUCUUCGCCGGGGCGAAAAAGCUGCCAGACAAAGGGCCUUCUACCGCAGAGACAGGACCCCCGAGAAGAUCCGCCAGCAGACCUCUCUCUGCCUUCUGCAGCAUCGCUCCUCUCGUCUCCUGCCGCUGCCUCGCCUGCCCUGACUGGCUCCCGAGGCGGCCUUCGCACAGAAGGAACCGAAGACGAGGGCGAGCCGGUCACGCCCCUGCCCGCGCCGCGCGCUGCGCCUGCGGAUGCCCGCGGAGACGCGGAGCGCAGGCGCGAGGGAGACAAGGUGUACGUACACCUCAGGGGCUGGUCCGACUCCCUGCUGGUGCGCGGGUGGCUAGCCAUUCUCGUCCGCGGCCUUCGCAACUCGACUCCGGAGGAGAUUUUGUCGCUAACGUUGCUAGACCUUUUGAGCGCCGCGGGCUUGAAGCCUUCGGAACGAAGUCGCCCAAGCGGCCCGGCCUCCGCCGAAGCAGCAAAAGCGGAACACGGGGGAGGAGAGGGAGAAAAAGCAGAAAACCGAGAGAGAAGAGAAGACAGGUUGCCCGAAACGCGCGGGGGAACGCGUAAAAAGGAUGCGGGGGAGAGGAGAAGAGAGGAAGAAAAACGGCGGCUUCUCGUCCCCCAGGGACUAGACAACAUGCUCAGAUCCAUCCAGAGACAAGUCCGCGCGGAGCUCGCUGGGCUGGAGGAGGAGGGCGAAGGCGACAGAACACAGGCAAACGCCGACACCGGGGAAGAGGAGGCAGGCGAGUCUGGCCGCGUUCUCUUCUCGCUUUCGUCUGUGGAACGCUCUGAAGCGUCUGCCCUCGCUGCAGAGGAGGGAGGCGACUCUGCGGCUGCGUCCAGCGCCUCUUCCGCAGAAGCAGACGCGAGGGAGUUGGAGCGGAGGGGGAUGCGCGUCAGUUUGCCUGCUGCAGGGGCUCGCCAGGAGGUUGCUGUCCUGCUCAGCGGCGGUGUGGACUCGUCUGUCUCCCUGCGGCUACUGCAACGCCAGGGGCUCCCGGUCCGCGCGUUCUUCAUCAAAAUCUGGCUGCCGGAGUACCUCCUGAUGUCGAGACACCUGCGGCGGCUGCAGGAACGCUCAGCGGGCGGAGGCGGAGGCGGCGGCAGCCAGUCGGCAGGGGAAGAAAGCUUGGGAGAGACUGAAGGAGGACGCGGCGCACAAGGCUGCGGCUGGCAAGAAGAUCUCAAGUUUGCAGAGAACGUCUGCCGGCAGGCGGGCGUCGCGCUGGAGGUCCUGCCUCUCCAGGAGGCCUACUGGGACGGCGUCGUGGAGCAUAUGCUUCAAGAGGCCAGAGCAGGCCUGACGCCGAAUCCGGAUUGGUGGUGCAACUGUCGGGUGAAGUUCGGCGCCUUCCUGGAUCUGCUCGACUCGCGCGGCGGCGGCGCCCCUCAGGCCGAUCCUCUGGCGACGCGCAGCGACCGCGAGGCCAUCGCAGCGGCAGGAGGAGGCGUGGCACGCCUGAGCCCCGAUUUGGUUUCUUCUGCGUGGGCAGGCGAUGGCGACGGCCUCGUCGCCUCUGGGCACUACGCGCGCGUGCUGCACUGGGCAGGCCGCGGCGCAGGCGACGAGGAGGGAGGCCCGCGGAGGCACGCGCGACUGUUUCGAGGGAGAGAUCCGCGAAAGGAUCAAUCCUACUUCUUGAGUGGGCUCGCGCAGCGGCAGCUGAGGCGCCUCAUCACUCCAGUUGGCGAUUUCCACAAAGCGGAGGUUCGGCGCCUCGCGGCUUCUUUAGCCCUUCCGACCGCGUCGCGGCGGGACAGCCAGGGGCUCUGCUUUCUGGGCGAGCUUCCGCUGUCGCUUUUUUUCCAGCACUUCCUCGGCUCUGCGCCGGGACCGGUGCUGCAUUUUCCUUCCUGCCUCGCACUCGGCUCGCAUGCGGGCCUCUGGAACUUCACCUUAGGCCAGCGGAAGAACGUCACGCCCUGCCUCGACGUGGCGCGCGUGCGGCAGCUUUCCUCUCCGCAGCGGCCGCGCGCGCCGGCGCCGACAAACAAAGCGCAGAGGGGCGCGGCGGCGGGUGGAGUGGCGAGUGGCGCGGAGCCUCACAAGGGAGAGCGGAGCGAGCCAGCAGAGGAGGCUUCCGCGAGCGGAAAAUGGCAGCCGGACGAGGGAGGAGGAAGUGCGUCAGAAGGCCGGGCGCGCACGCGGGCGAGCACAGACCUCGACGCGGGAAAACGAGAUCUGAAACAGGCCUAUGCAGCGCGCGACUCCGUGUCCGCCCCGCAGGGAGCGGAUGGCGAGUUGGUGCAGUGUGCAUACACUCCAGGCAGCGAGCGCGGCGCCUCGAAAGCUGCAAACGCUCCUUUUCAGGCUGACGCCGGUCGCGUGCAAGGCGACCACCGCGGCGAGCGAGGCAGGAGUGCCACGGGAGAGGAAAGUGCGGAGGCCGAAGGGGAGGCAGGCGCGGGUUCGCGUCUGCUUGCCUCUCCGGUGUUGUCACCUGCCGGAGGCUGUCACGCGAGCCGAGUCCCAGACAAGCACUUUGCGCGCGGCUUCUUAGGCCCCGCCAGUCUUGCGGGUCGCUGGGUGGUGACUGGGAAGCAUCCGCCGUCGAAUGCGCUGUUUGUAGUCAGUGAGAAGGAGAUGAACGAGGCCCUUUCGGUGGCUGCGCGUGUGCACUACUCCCUGGCCGCGCUAGCCGCGGGCGCGGGGCUUGCCUACCCUGAGCGGCGUCCGGAGGGUGGCUCGCACCUCCUCGCCUUCCUGCUCACGCUGCAGCAGAAGUUCCUGCUCGUCGAAGACCUGCAAUGGAUUGCCGGGGGCACGCCGCCACCCUCCGUGGACUCGGCUGAGGCGGUAAACGCGGCAGACGCGGGCGAGGACGCAGACGCAUUCCUCCAGUGGGCGUUUGGAGGCGUCGAGGCCACAACACAACGCGACGAAGUCCAGUCGCACCUCAGUGUGCAGGUGCGACACGCCGGCGGCAGCGCAUGCACCGCCAUCCACGGCGCCGUUCGCCUUCGCCUUCUCCCCCCGGCGCCGCAUCCGCGCCCGUGUCGCUCACUCAGCAGUGCGACGUCGUUCUCUUUGGCUUCCAGUCGCGCGCGGAGGGGCAGCGGCGACGGCGCCGCAGCAGAGAGCGGAAGGGCGGAGGUCGGCGGCUGGCACGCCUGGAUCGAGCUGGCGGAACCUGACCACGGCCUCGCGCCCGGUCAGAUAGCCGCGAUUUACCAAAACGACGAGUGCCUCGGCGCCGGCCGAAUCAGCGCGCAGCAGGGCGAGAUCGCCCUUGAGGCGGCGAUGAAGGCGGCAGGCCUCAUGUGA